CCUCCGGAUCAUAAACCAGAAUCUAUACAAGUGUCUCUCCUUCCUCCUCCUCCUCCUCCUCCUCCUCCUCUCUCUGUUAUGAGCUUGAAACAGUAGAACAAGUCACCGACCAAUCAGAAGUGAGCUUCUCCCCUGGCCUGACCAAUCGGAGGUUGGACAUUGUUCUCAGCAUUUGUCUAAUGAGUGAUGAACAAUUGAGGAUGAGGAGCUGCUGCCUGGAGCUGGGGCUGGAACUUUGUCUUUUUUUUUCCCUGACUUGAAACUCCUGGGUGCACUCACCACUUGUGCUGCAGGGGCUGAGCUGGAGGCUGAGAGGGGGAUUCUUGUGGGGGAUCUGGGCCCAUCAGGUAACACCACCACCAUCACCAUCAUCAUCAGCUAUAGAGAUCAGCCUGCCGGGACACAUUGGGUCGUCUUUAUCUGACGGUCCUGGUACAGAGGAGAUGAUAGGUUUGGCCUUUAUUUUAGUAGCAGAUUGUGGGGAAGUUGGGAGUCAAUAGAGGUUUUAUCCCCUGUAGAUAAAGAUUAUAGGGCAGAGAACUAGGUCUGUAGGGUCCUGUCUAUAAUGUGCUCCUAUGGUAUCACUUUAAGUCUUGCAUGCUAUAUAUAGAUCACUAUAGGGGAGCAGUAGUGUUCAUGGUAUAUAGCUAAGGGAGUGGGAGUCAAUGUGGGUGUCUCUUGCUAUUUAAAGGCUGCAGCAUUAGCUAUAUUUAUAUAUAUAUAUAUUUAUAUAUAUUUAUAUCAGAUUAGACUUCUAUAGCGGUGGAUGUGGGUAUAGAGGGGAUAGAUCCCUGACUGUUACUAAACUGUUUCUAAGCUUUGUUGAGGGACCCCCUAAGAUGGAGAUAAGCGGGGCUCCUUCUGGAUCUCAGGUCCCCCAGACCACCACCUCCACCUCUCUACCAGUCACUGUGGCGGGGACCCUACUGCGGGGUCCCCAGUUGCUUUUGCGGGCGACAGAGAAGUACCCCCGCACCCCGAAGUGCGCCCGCUGCCGGAAUCACGGGGUGGUGUCGGCCCUCAAGGGUCACAAGCGUUACUGCCGCUGGAAGGACUGUAUGUGCGCCAAGUGCACGCUCAUCGCGGAGCGCCAGAGGGUCAUGGCCGCGCAAGUUGCGCUCCGCAGGCAGCAGGCGCAGGAGGAGAACGAAGCGCGGGAGCUGCAGCUGCUGUACGGAACCGCGGAGGGGUUAGCACUGGCGGCGGCCAACGGCAUCAUCCCACCCAGGCCGGCCUACGAGGUGUUCGGGUCCGUGUGUACCGACAAUGGCUCAGAAACCAAGAUCCAGAAGUUCGAUCUGUUCCCCAAGACCCUCAUUCCCCGGUCUAUCACCCCUCAGCAGAUGACCCCUGGUGCCAAAGCGGUGACCCCGGACAGUGAAUCGGUGAGUGGCAGUGCUCAGGGCACCUCCUCUCCAGAAGUGAGGGCUGGAUCUGGUUCUGAAAAUGGGGACGGCGAAUCCUUCCUCAGCUCCCCAAUAUCCAAAGCCAUGAAAGAUGGCGAGGAGAGCCCAAGCUCCAUCAGUCCACUGGGGUCUGAAUCAGGAUCUGACGCAGAGAAGGAUGAACAGGACCCAAGUUCUUCUUCUUCAGCCAGACAGAGGACCCCCAUAGACAUCCUGACCAGGGUCUUCCCUACCCAGAAGAGGAGCGUUUUGGAGCUUGUUCUUCAAGGAUGUGGUGGGGAUGUGGUCCAAGCCAUAGAACAGAUAUUGAACAACAGUAGACAGGAGAAGGGUGAUGAGGCCUGGUCUAGAGAGGCUGCCCUACAAAGUAUCCAACCAUCAGUGUCCACCACUCAUAGACCCCUCAUAGCUGGGGCCAUCACCCCCACCAUUGGGACACUAGGAAGCAGGUCUGCCUUUUCUCCCCUGCAGCCCAAUUCUACUCACUUUGGAACAGAAACCAACACCUACCAGUUGGGUGGACACUUGGGACUCAACCCUUUAAGGUUGGCAUAUUCUGCCCACAGUAGGGGACUCGCCUUCAUGACCCCAUAUUCCACAGCGGGGUUCAUGCCAACACUUGGGUUUCGCCCACCCAUGGACUAUGCAUUUAGUGACCUAAUGAGGGACAGGGCCAAUGUUCACAAGGACCAAGUUUACUCCAAUGGGCUUUACAGUUCUGUAGUCAACAAUGCUACAGAGAAACAAUGAGGCAGACUCUUCUGGAAGUGUCUGAGGACCCUAAAUAGUAGGACUGUGGAGGACAAGCUUGAGGACUGUGGAACCACUAAGGAACCAGGGUCCCACAUACCUGGGCACCAUCUCAUAGUCCUACCAGCCAAAUUCAGGAUCUAAUCCAGACACAUUGUAAACCUUUCUUAAGAUGCACUUUCCCCUCUUGAUGAACUUGUUAUUUUCUUGGCCUGUUACAAUAAGCAGCAUUGUGAUGUUGUUACAAUGUAUCAUAUAUACAGACAGAUACAAUUUAAUGUUGGGGGUUCUAAGUUAUUCUUGACAUUGUGGGUGAAGUCAGUAACUUUCAGGUGACAAGGACAGAAGGACAAGUGUCUUUUGUGUACAGAUUUGUAGAUAUGGGGGCGUUUAAUCCAGUGUUUCCCAUCCAGGGUGCC